AUGAAGGUCUGCGGCCUGGUGUUGCUGCUGCUGUGCGCGUGCGUGGCGCUGCUGGCCCGCCACGCGGCCGCCGAGAAGAUCGAGGACAUUUCGUUCAAGCCGCCCUUCGAGCUCGUGGACGCCGAGGGCCGCCGCAUGGUCAACACCACGUGGUCGCACGGCGGCAACGCCGACGUCAAGAAGCACUUCGUGCGCCUGACCACCGACCGCCAGAGCAAGCGCGGCCACCUGUGGCAGAAGAACCCCGUGGGCCGCGACGAGCUGUCGGCCAUCCUGACGUUCCGCGUCUCGGGCCAGGGCAAGCGCUGGUUCGGCGACGGCAUCGGCCUGUGGUUCACGGGCCAGAAGGUGUUCACGCCCGGCGUGAACCACGGCUUCACCGACAAAUACACGGGCGUGGGCGUGGUCAUCGACACGUUCAACAACCCGGAGCACAAGGGCGGCCACAAGGACAUUAGCGUCUUCGUGAACAACGGCAACAAGAACUACGACCAGAUGUACGACGAGCAGCGCGUAGGCUGCAACGCCGCCGUGCGCUACCACGAGCAGAGCGCCAACUUCGACCCGGUGCACAGCAUCUCGCGCGUCAAGGUGAAGAUCGACAAGACCCGUCUUGUGGUGGAGGUGGACGACCACGCCUCGGGCCUGUGGGUGGCCUGCCACGAGAUGACGCUGCCGUUCAGCGCCGACUGGCUGCGCAUGGCCACGAUCGGCAUCACGGCGUCCACGGGCGCGCUGGCCGACAACCACGACAUCAUCCGCUUCGACGCGUACUCGGAGUUCGCGGACGCGACGAUUGGCGCCGUGGACUCGGAGGUCGUCAUGAACUCGGUGUCCAAGGACUACAAGAAGUGGAUGGACUCGCCCAACUGCGGCACGGACUGUCUGAUCGCCGUGCUGCAGAAGGAGCUGUCCAACUUCCGCAUCGACGCGGAGCACCGCUUCUCCGACCUGAAGGAGAAGACGGAGAACAACGUGGCCAAGCUCAAGAAGCAGGAGGGCGAGAACGAGCGCCGCGUGCGCGAGAUCGAGGCCAAGGUGCGGAAGGGCAUUGACUCCUCGCUGGAGAACACCAAGAAGGUGCUGGGUGACGAGGUGAACGAGAAGAUCACGAAGCAGCUGGAGGAGAACCCGGACAUCGCCAGCGGCGGCUGGAAGACGCCGUUCGCGCUGCUGUUCAUCGGCCUGGCGGCGGGCGCGGCCUACGUGUACCGCAAGUACCAGGCGCUGAUGAAGUCGCACUUGCUGUAGACCCGCCGGUGAGGUCGGUUGGGUGCCUUGGGACAGCGAUCUCGCGGCAGCUAACGU